ACCUGCUUACACAACACAGCCACGAGUUGCAGCCAAGUCGGGAAGACAACCAAGAUCAACACCUGUGCAAGUCUGCAAGAUGGAGUACCAGGGACAGCAGCAGCACGGCCAGGCGACCAACCGCGUCGACGAGUACGGUAACCCGGUUGCCGGACAUGGCGUAGGCACCGGCAUGGGCGCGCACGGAGGCAGCGGCACCGGCGCUGCCACUGGUGGGCAUUUCCAGCCCACGAGGGAGGAGCACAAGGCCGGCGGGAUCCUGCAGCGCUCCGGCAGCUCGAGCUCCAGCUCGUCUGAGGAUGAUGGCAUGGGCGGGAGGAGGAAGAAGGGCAUCAAGGAUAAGAUCAAGGAGAAGCUCCCUGGUGGCCACGGUGACCAGCAGCACGCCGAUGGCACCUAUGGACAGCAGGGUACUGGCAUGGCCGGCACCGGGGCACAUGGCUCCGCGGCCACAGGCGGUACCUACGGGCAGCCAGGACACACCGGAAUGACCGGUACUGGGACGCAUGGCACCGAUGGCGCCGGCGAAAAGAAGGGCGUCAUGGACAAGAUCAAGGAAAAGCUGCCCGGGCAGCACUGAGCCUGGCUGGCGGCCGCUACUUGUGAAAGUUUGAGGUGCCGGUCUGGCCACCUCUUGCAGAAUAAUAAGAUGGAGAUACAAUACAACUUCCCGAAAUAAAACUUCCCACAAUAUCCGAGUUCUGAGUUUUGUGGAGUUGAAUAUGGGCUUCUAGUUUGUACUCCGGACGUUUUGUGAUCUGUACUUUGGUGUGUAAAUUUUCUUUUGGUUGGACAAAUAUAAGUAAUAAAUCAUGGUAUACACAAUAUAUUUCCCCUUUUACUU